AUGUCCUACACGUCCGGCCGCGCAGGAUGGCUCCGCGCAGAUGGGACGACUUCUAGCGACGAACCCUGCGCAGUCAUCUCUUCCCUCAUCGCCUCUUUGGAAACGGCGCUGCCUGCGCAAACCGCGUUUGAGUGCCUGGAUUCAGUCCCUGUAGACGUCGACGGAAACACGAAACUCAUCGAUGAGCUGAAGGUUGUAUGGCAGUGGCAAUCCGAGGCCGGUUGGCUGAAGAAUACCCCUGAAGAGUGGGAAAACGGGCCUCUGGAUAUCGAAGCCGAACUGGAUAAUAUCCUUAACAACCUGGAUUCAUUUUCCAGCGAGUAUGCUGUCCAGCUCGCUAUUCAAAACAUCACUGUGCGGACCGGAAACUUCCACUUCAACUAUCAGCCCGAUAUCCUGCAAGCGUUUACUUGGUGGCGCCAAGUCGCGGUCGUAUCUAUUUCCGACGAUGGAACUUCGAUGCCCAAGCUCUACUCAGCCGAAGAUAUGAUCCUAGCAACUCGCGGAGAUCUCAGCAUGUCCGAUAUUUCCGAGAUCACCCAAAUCAACGGCGAAGAUGCGUAUACAUACCUGGAUAAGGUCGCCAGCUGGGAACAAUACAUCGACGGCGAUGGCCGCCUGAACAACCUCAUGUACAAGGGCGACACGACUUCCCUCGGCACUUUCAUCACCCAGACUCAAUACGACGGGCCCUCCACGAACUUCACCUUCGCCAACGGGACCUCAAGUUCAUUCGACAACUUCGCUGAGCCGCAACUCUCCUUCGAAGGCGUAUCAGAUGGCCAGAGCUUCUUCGAUACUUAUUGCACGGGCACCAUCUCGGGGACUCCUUCCAGCGCGAGCCUCAAGUCCGCUCUCGACCAGAAACACAUGAAUGCCAGGCUGGGACCUCAACCUCACAUCCCCCAUAACGACUACACCACACUCAAUAGGCGCCAGAUCCCCAGUCGCGGCUAUCCAGACGCUGUCGUCGAGGCCGAGAGUGGCGCCGUAGCUGGAUACUUCCUGACCGGUGAUGGCUACGAUGAUGUCGCUGUCCUCAAGAUCAUCACUUUCGCGCCCGAGGGCGAUGACACCGGCAACGAAUUCCAGGGUGUAGUCCAGCAAUUUCUGGCCGAAUGCGUCAGUGAGAACAAGCAGAAGCUCAUCAUCGAUCUGCGCGAGAACGGCGGCGGCGCUACUAACCUCCUCCUGGAUACUUUCAUGCAGUUAUUCCCGCAAGAGGAGGCCUUCUCCGGCCAGAGGUACCGCGCCCAGCAACAAUACGAACUCAUCGGCGACGCCGUCAACGAGAUCCACAACAACGCCGACCUCAACUCUUCCUACGCCGCAGCUACCGACUCCACCGUCGACGCCGACUACAGAUACUGGGCAUACUGGCAUUUCCGCACCGCACAGGGCGACAACUUCGACUCCUGGGACGAAUUCAACGGCCCGGAAGGCUUCAACGACGAUAACUUCACCGUGACAAUGCGCUACAACUAUUCCAACGCCGACACCGUGUCCAUCCGCCCGACCGGCUUUGACUUCGUCGACUACAGCAACCUCACCACCCCGUUCAACGCCUCAAACGUCCUCAUGUACACCGACGCCCUCUGCGGCUCCAGCUGUGCCUCCUUUCACGAAGAGCUCAAGAACAUCGCCGGCGUGCGCGCCGUCACCGUCGGCGGCCGCCCGACCAAAGCCCCCAUCCAAACGGUCACCGGCAGCAAGGGCGGCGAAGUCAUCCCCUUGUUCUACUUCCCGCUGUUCGCCGCCACCAUGCUCAACCUCACCGACACCAUCGGCCUCGCCAGCAUCCAGUCCGACGACUCCGUCCUCACCAGCCUCGCCAACACGCCCCAGCUCAGCACCCGCGUCGGCGACCAGUCCUCGCGCCUGCAGACGCAGGACCAGAUCCGCAAGGGCGACACCACAGCCACCCCGCUCCAGUACAUCUACGAGGCCUCCGACUGCAAGAUCUUCUACACCGCGGAUACGUAUGCGAAUCCGGACGCGGCGUGGAAGCAGGCCUGGGACGCGUUCCAGGACGACGCCAAGUGCGUCGAGGGCAGCACGAAGCAUCCGAGCAGUAUCAGCGGCGGGUAUACGCCGUUUGGCCCGGGCGAGCUGCAGGACGAGGAUCUGCCGCAGAGCAAUGGGACGGCGACGACGCCUGGUGGGCCGAGUGGGACAGGGACUAGUGCGUCGGGCACGCCCGUGGGUACUGGGAAUGCGGCGCCCUUGGUGGGCGUGAGCGGUGGAGCAACGGCGGCGGUGGUUGCUGCUGCGGCUGUGGCGUUGAUGUUGUAG